GAAUGGGGCAUUUCCUGAGUUUGAAAGCGGUUUUCUGGAACUGGAACAGAGGAUAAGGCAUUUUUCAGAGAAGAGGAUGGUCUUGCAAGAGGUUCUACUGGCAUUUAAAGAGAUUUUGCAGCUGGAGCUGGGGAACGAUGCAGAGCCAUCUUUCUUAUCUGGGUGCCAAGGAAGGUCAUCAUUCUACUCCAGAUUUCUACAUCUUCACAGAAGAUGUGGAGGAAAAAUAGAGCUGGUUCAGGAACCUGUGUCGUUCGAGGAGAUAGCUGUGCAUUUCACGGAGGGUGAAUGGGCUCUCCUGGACCCCCCUCAGAGAGCCUUAUACAGGGAUGUCAUGCAGGAGAACUAUGAAAACGUGACCUCUUUGGUUCUUUCCCUCACCGAUUCGGAUCGAAACUCCUGGGUGGAGGAAGGGGACGAGUUGAUCUCCCUGGGUCUACACCCUCCGGGCUCUGAGAAAGGGAACAAACAUGAAGUCACCAGAACAGUGCAAGAUGGGCAGGAGAAAAAGGAGGAGGAGAAUCCAGCAGCGGAAAAUGCUAAGGGAGAUGACAAUCCUAAGAAAGGCAAUGUAAGAAAGGCAAGGAAGAACGUAGUGCCAGGAAAUCCUAAGGUGGUUGAAAAGUCUAAGGAAUACAUUCUUAGGAGGAAAAAUCAAGUCCCUGGAAGUUCUAAGGAAAUUGGGCAGUCUGAGAGAGAUGUUCUGAGGAAAAAUCAAGUCCCUGGAAGUUCUAAGGAAACUGGACGUUCUAGAGGAGAAGUUCUGAGGAAAAAUCGAGUUCCCAGAAAUUCUAAGGAAAUUGACCAUUCUAGGAGAGAUAUUCAAAGGAAGAAUCUAGUGCUGAGAAAUGCUAAGGAAAUUGGGAAUUCUAGGGGGGAUGUUCCGAGGGAGAAUCUGGUGCCAGAAAAUUCUAAGGAAAUUGAGUGUUCUAGGGGAGAUGUUCUGAGGAAAAAUCGAGUCCCCAGAAAUUCCAAGGAAACUGGACAUUCUAGAAAAGUUCUGAGGAAAAAUCAAGUCCCUGGAAAUUCUAAGGAAAUUGUCCAUUCUAGGAGAAAUAUUCAAAGGAAGAAUCUAGUGCUGAGAAAUUCUAAGGAAAUUGGGAAUUCUAGGGGGGAUGUUCCGAGGGAGAAUCUGGUGCCAGAAAAUUCUAAGGAAAUUGAGUGUUCUAGGGGAGAUGCUCUAAGAGAGAAUCUAUUUCCUGGAAAUCCUAAGGAAAUUGGGCAUUUUUCGGGAGACAUUCCAAAGAAAAAUCUAGUGCUGAGAAAUGCUAAGGAAAUUGGGAAUUCUAGGAGAGAUGUUCUGAGGAAAAACCAAGUUCCCAGAAAUUCUAAGGAAAUUGGACAUUCUAGGAGAGACGUUCUGAGGAAAAAUCGAGUCCCCAGAAAUUCUAAGGAAACUGGACAUUCUGGAGGAGAAGUUCUGAGGAAAAAUCAAGUUCCUGGAAAUUCUGAGGAAAUUGACUAUUCUAGGAGAGAUAUUCAAAGGAAGAAUCUAGUGUUGAGAAAUUCUAAGGAAAUUGGGAAUUCUGGGGGGGAUGUUCUGAGGGAGAAUCUGGUGCCAGAAAAUUCUAAGGAAAUUGAGUGUUCUAGGGGAGAUGUUCUCAGAGAGAAUCUAUUUCCUGGAAAUCCUAAGGAAAUUGGGCAUUCUACGGGAGACAUUCCAAAGAAAAAUCUAGUGCUGAGAAAUGCUAAGGAAAUUGGGAAUUCUAGGAGAGGUGUUCAGAAGAAAAACCAAGUUCCCAGAAAUUCUAAGGAAACUGGACGUUCUAAGGGAGAAGUUCUGGGGGAGAAUCUGGUGCCAGAAAAUUCUAAAGAAGACACCUCUUUCAGAAUGUGCAAAGAAAAAAUGCCCCAGGGUCAUGAUAGGAAAGAUGCAACUUGGCAUCAGCACAGAUCAGAAAGGCAGCAGAAAGCUGCACAAAAGACCAGCCAGGAGAAACCAACUCCUCCUCAGGAUGGCAGUGGGGACAUUGGUCAAACCACUGCCCAGAAGGAGAUCUGCAAGGACAGGAGGCAAAAAGCAUGCCCUAAAUGUGGGAAAGUUUUUAGUCAGAGUAUACUGCUUCUUAAGCACAAGAGAACCCACACGGGAAUGAAGCCGUAUCAGUGUUUGGACUGUGGAAAAAUCUUCAGCCAGCGUUCCCACCUUAAUAUACAUAGGAGAACUCACCGCAGAGAGAAACCAUAUGAAUGCUUGGACUGUGGGAAAGCUUUCCAUCGGAGCUCCCACCUUGCUUCACACCGGGGAAUCCACACAGGAAUCAAACCUUACAAAUGUUCAAGUUGUGAGAAGAGCUUUCGUCGGGGGCCUGACCUCAGGAGGCACCAGAAAACCCACACAGGAGAGAAAUUACAUAAAUGUUUGCAUUGUGGGAAAAGCUUUGGUUUGAGCUCUAGCCUUAUUAAACAUGAAAGAAUCCACACAGGAGAAAGGCCGUAUAAGUGUCCAGACUGCCCGAAAGGUUUCAGCCAGAUGUCUCAUCUUAUUGUACACAAGAGGAUCCACACAAAGGACAAACCGUACAAAUGCUCUGUCUGUGGCCAGGGCUUUAGCCAGAAAGCACAUCUCAUUUCACAUGAGAGAAUCCACACAGGAGAGAAACCUUUUAAGUGCUCGGACUGUGGCAAAAGCUUUAAACUGAACUCAGCUUACAAAUCAACACUAAAUAAUCAUCGCAGAACCCACACAGGGGAGAAACCCUAUAAAUGCAUGCAAUGUGGGAAGGGCUUCAGUGUGAGUGGUAACCUUACAAUCCAUCAAAGAACCCACACAGGAGAGAAACCAUUUAAAUGUAUGGAAUGUGGAAAGAGCUUCAGUGUCAGCUGUAACCUUACUAAACAUCAAAGAACCCACACAGGAGAGAAACCGUAUAAAUGUACAGAGUGUGGAAAGUGCUUUAGUGAUAGCGGAAGUCUCACUUCACAUGAAAGGAUCCACAGAGGGGAAAAACCUUAUAAAUGUAUGGAAUGUGGAAAAGGCUUCUGUGUGAGCAAUAGCCUUAUCGCUCAUCAAAUAAUCCACACUGGGGAGAAACCAUAUAAAUGUAUGGAGUGUGGAAAGUGCUUCAGCCAAUGUGCAAACCUAAAUACACAUCAGAGGACCCACACAGGUGAGAAACCAUAUAAAUGUAGGGAGUGUGGAAAGUGCUUCACCCAGAGCGUAAAUCUAAAAACACAUGAAAGAACUCACACAGGAGACAAACCAUAUAAAUGCUUACUGUGUGGAAAGUGCUUCCAUGGCAGUGGAAGCCUUACUAAACAUAAAAAAAUGCACACUAUGGAGAAACCAUAUAAAUGCAUGGAAUGUGGAAAAGGCUUCAGUGUGAGUGGUAGCCUUACUCUACAUCAAAGAAUCCACACUGGGGAGAAACCAUAUAAAUGUAUGGAGUGUGGAAAGUGCUUCAGCCAAAGUGCAAACCUGAAAACACAUCAAACAACCCAUACAGGAGAGAAACCUUAUAAAUGUGUGGAGUGUGGAAAGAGCUUCAUUAAUAGUGAAAAGCUUAGUUCACAUCAAAGAACCCACACAGGGGAGAAGCCAUUUAAAUGCAUGGAGUGUGGAAAAUGUUUUAGCCAGAGUGCACACGUUAAUACACAUCAAAGAACUCACACAGGGGAGAAACCAUAUAAAUGCUUAAUGUGUGGGAAAUGCUUCCAUGAUAGUGGAAACCUUACUAAACAUCAAAGAACCCACACAGGGGAGAAACCUUAUAAAUGCAUGAUAUGUGGGAAGAGCUUUAGUGUGAGCAGCACCCUUACUUCACAUCAGAGAACUCACACAGGAGAGAAACCAUAUAAAUGCUUAGUGUGUGGAAAAAGCUUCAGUCAGAGUGGAAGUGUUACUACCCAUCAAAGAACCCACACAAAGAAACAACUAUAUAAAUGCAUGGAGUUUGAACCAAGCUUCAGUCUUGAUUGAAAACUUUCUUGGCAGCAAAAAAUGUGAGAAUAAUAUAAAUGCCUAAGAAAGCCUUUCCCACCCUGGCUUCCCACAGAAGUUGUAUUCCAACUCUAAUAUGACCCAUGAUCCAUAAAGAUCUUAGUAUGGAUCAAAAGAAAUUGCAUAAGAGAGACUAUAAAUCCCCGGGUAGUGGAAAGAGCACAGCAAAAUGGUUACGAAAUAUUCAAAAAACACAGGGAAGAAAUAACAAAUGUAUAAAUUAAGAAAGAUUUAGAUAGCGUGGCUUCUUAUUUUAUGCAGGCAGGAGUGAAAUUAUUUAAAUACAUGCACUCUGAGAGCAGACUUGCUACGCAGGAAAGAACCCACACAGGGAGGAAGCCAUAUGAAUGUAUGGUAUAUGAAAUGAGUUUCACGGGGACAUCAAAUAAUCCACAUAAGGAAGAAACGUCUGGGAUGCAUGUGAUUCAGAAUCAACACAAAUCUUCUUAGACUUCAGAGAACCUACGCAGAUGAGAACCCACUGGCAUGCUUCUGUGACAAAUUCUUUGAUAUUUUAGGAUUUAUUAAGAUUAUGCUUUUCUCUGUUUCCCGCAAAUACAGUAGGUAUUCCUCACUCAUGCUUCUGGGCAUUAUCCCUUCCAUCAGUGUGCUUCCACUAGAAUUUGCUCUUUGGCUUACAGUUUUUAUUUGUGCAGUAAGAAAGGUUGUCUAUUGGGAACACACAUUGCAUGGUAAAUGUCUUUGGAAAAUGUAACCCACAUCUAAGGUUAAUGGGGUGGAUUAGAAAGAGAGGAUAUGAAUAGUAGGAAAUAAUCGGUUGUAAAGUUGGACAGUGUAGAUUAAAUUAGCAGAAGAUUUGAGUGGGCAGAUUUGAGAAAGGAAGCAGUGAGACUAAUAAUGCGUUGCAGUAAUUAAUGGGGGAAGGAAAUGUGUGACCAGUCUGUAUUGGAGAGAGGGGACCAAGUUUAAAAAAGCUCCUGCUAUUAGAUGGUGUAGAAGUAGCCGAAAUAUAUAUGGUGGCUGAUUUUCCAUCUCUCCUAGUUUUCUUAUACUUGAUCUAUUUCUUAGGUGCAUUUCUGAGACCCACUGCACACUUUCCAACACUGGUUGAGAUUCACCUAAUCAAUCCCAUCAGCAGAUGUUGUGUAAUGGGGGUGGCCCCCACCCAAGCCCCCAAAAUUGGCUGAAGCGGCAGUUCAGGAGAAACCCCAGAGCAGAGCAUAGGGGGAGGGGGGGUGUUGCAACCAGCUACCUGGAAUGCUUGUGCAAAUGAAACAUUUGUUAUGGUGCGUCACAGAACUCCAUCCUUUGAAAAUUGCAUUUCCUGUCAAAGUUACUUUAGAGAUUAGAGGUUGUUGGUGAUUUGUGUUUGGUCCAUUUUUAAUGUAGCGGUUGAGAUGUAAUAAAAAAAAAAGGAUCAGUUGCACCUGAGAACUUCACUACUAACAUUUAUGCUUUAAAUACACAAUAAAAGAGUCAAGUGGUGAAUUGUGAAA